AAGCUAAAUUCAGCCCCUGUCAACAGGUGAAAACUCAGAAAAGUAUUGUUCUGGGAAGCAUUGAGAAAUUCUAUGAACUCCACGAGGAGCCUGCUCAAGUCUCUCUGCUGCCCCAUGCUGUCCUAUGCUGCACUUCUUGCUCCACAGAAUUGCAAUUACAAUCCAUAGCAAUAGUGCAAUGGAGAAAAGAGCUGGGGGGGAAGCUUAGUUCCCCUUUAAAGUAGGCUGUUGGGUGGGCCAGCUCCUUCUCUCCCAUUGGCGAUUAUAAUCCACUCAUGCUGAGAAAAAGCAGUUUUGCUGCCAGAGCAUGUACUUUCCAUCCUGACACAUAAUUGCUGGGUGGGGGAGAGAGGUAGAGGCUGGCUGCGCAGCUGUAGGCAGGGAGGGAGCUUGGUCAGGAGUGCCAUGUACCAGCCAUGAAAUCCAGGUUUAGCAGGGGUGCUCAGCUGUGUAAGCAAAACCUUCUGCCCAUUCACCCCUCAGCAGGAGGAAGAAGAAAGGAGGCAGGUAGCCAAGAUCUGAGCAGGCUGAGGGAUGGAGAGCCAGCCCAGGAGUGCAGUUAUGACAGGGUUCUUUUUUUAGCUUGUUUUGGUUUCCACACGUGUGGGUCAUACAAGGCUGGCUGAGCUAGUCUUGAAUGUGAGCCUUGGAGCUGGGCUCUUCUGGCCCCUUAGCAUCAUUUUCCUGCUCUUCUUCCUGUCCAGCAGCACUGCUCUCCUCAGCUUUUUCCUUCCCAGCAGAAUUUCUUGCUGUACCCAACUGACUUUGAGCCAUUACAGGACCUGGCUUUGCAGGCCUUGAGGGCUAACAAGCAACCACUGCGAUAUUACAGCAUGGAUUCAGCCCUUCUGGGGUUGGAUUUCCUGGCUCAGCAGCCUCAGUAGUGUUGUGGUGCAGAGGUACAGGAAGUCAAGGCUGAGCCUGUUUGUCCAAUUUGGUCUCAGAGUUCAAGAUGGAAAUGGAGAAGUGAGAAUGCAGAUGAUCUGCUCAGAGCAGGUACAUAGAAGAGGGAGAGUUGAUCAACCCUGACCAAGAGCUGCCAAUGUGAAGCAGUUCAGGACAGCAAGGGUGCAUCAGCUCAACCCUAAGCCCUCCAAGGACCCAGCUCCAAAGCUCAGCACGCAGACAUGCUGCUGCUUUCAUCAGGCUUUGGAUCAGAGGUUUGAAGUGGCUGUGAUGGCAGCUGGAUAGGAGGGAGAUGCUGCCUGUCCCCGGGCUGCCUGCACACAGCUGGGUGACCUCUGCUUGUUGUGCUAAUGGACCACUUCUGCUGGAGGACACUUCAUUUCCUGUUGCAUCUAAAAUUUCAUAGAUUCUCCUCCCAGAAUGCAGUAGUUUAACUUGUGGUUCUGCGCUUUGUAUCUUCCUGCACACUCAGAGUGUUUCCUGCAUCUUCUCCUUCAUUUUCUGUUUCUCACAUUAACUCUCUGAACCCAGCUCCCCUAGCAAGUAUUUCUACCUCGCAAGCUGCUUAAAGCAGCUGGAUGACUUUUCUGAAGCAGACCAAUCCCAGACAGAGCUGUCCCAGCCCUUACACUUAUGCAGCUGCUAAUUCGAUCCUAAUCCAUUUUAAAGGAGAGAGCUGGUCGGUGAGGAUGGAGUCAGAGGAGGGAGGUUCUUGUCUGCCCAUAUAUCUGCAACUCUGACAGACCCACGGUGCCAUUCUCACCUUUUCUUGUGGGAGGAGUUUUAACUCUUUCCUGAUCGCUUCAAAGCUGAUUAUUUCAGGUCUUGAGCUUCUGUAAUCAUUUUACUGGACUUCCUGGCUGUGCUUUAGCAGUGAGUGACUGAACAGAGUCUUCUCUGCACUGUGGUGAUCACAGUAAUGUGAAGUUUAAUGAGCACCUGCAAAAUCGUGUAGCAGUGAAGGAACUGCCAUGCCUGUGGGAAUCUUCCGAGUGUGCCUAGUGGUAAUUACAGCUAUUGUCAACCACCCACUCCUCUUCCCUAAAGAGAAUGGCACUAUCCUCGAAAAUACAGAGGAAAUCAUCCAGAAGAUGAAGGAGCGGGAAGAGAUCCUUCGGCUGGAGAAGUUGCGCUUGGAACGGGAAAUUGAAGGUCAGGAAGCUGCACAGAAGGUUCUGGAAAAAGCGGCAAAAGUAGAGGAGGAUGUCAAAGAGGAAAAGGUCCAAUGGGAUAUGUGGACUGCUCUUUCCAUGGUCAUUUUCCUAUUGAUCGAGCUCUGGAGGCAGGAUUUCCAGGAGGGGAAUUGGCAGGACACGGGAGCAGACGAGGAUGACAUGGCUGUCCUGGGGAAAGCAUUUAAAGGGGUGGCCUUCCCUGACAAGGCCAUCUUAGCCAGCUUCUAUGAGAAGCGUAUCCUGGGUACCACUGGAGACAUGGCCAGGAUGCGGGAGAUGGUGGAAGGCUUCGCAGAUGACCUGCUGGAGGCCUUGAGGAGUGUUUGUAACCGGGAUGCUGACAUGGAAGUGGAGGACUGCAUGGGUGUGGGGAGCAUGUAUGAGAAUUGGAGAGUGCGUAAACCUUUUGUCUGUGAUCUGAUAGUGCCUUUUGCACCCCCAGAGCCAUAUUGUUUCCGAUCUCAGAUAUGGUGCUCUGGCGAUUCUUUUCCCCCAGAUGAACAAGGAUAUGGCACUAUCAAGGUAUGCAGGGCAGAUGAGGAUGAGAUAGGUUGCAUCUGUGACAAGACUAAGCUGGGAGAAGAUAUGCUGUGCCUCCUCCAUAGCCAAGGUAAUGCUACCAGACUCAGCAGUGAAAUGGAAGACCUCCUGUGCUUCAAAAAUACGCAAUAUCUUGAUGCUGACCAAGUCAUGAAGUGGUUCCAGAUUGCAGUCACCAAGGCCUGGAACAAAAUUUCACACAAGUAUGAAUUUGACCUGUCUUUUAGCCUCUUGGACUCCCCAGGAGCCCUGAAGAUAAAAUUUAAAUCGGGGAAAUCAGUUGCCUUCAACCUCACCCCUGUGGUGCAGUACGAGAACUCUGAUGUUUACUUCAUCUCUCAUUUCCCUCGGAACUGCCUAGCAGCAGACCUCCCCUCCAGCACUCACUGGUUUCUCACCUUUGCAGUGUAUGAGAGGAGGUUCAUCCAGAUGAUCUCCAAAAUGCUGCCUGCCAAUGCCUGCCAUGUCAGCUGCCUUCAGAUCCUCUCCUUCCUCCAUGGGAAGCAGUGCAGCCUCACAGGUCCAAGUGGGCUCACCAACUACCACCUGAAGACAGUGUUGCUGCAUCUGCUGCAGACACGUCCAAAUCAAGACUGGGCCCCAGAGAAGUUGGAGGCCCGUCUACAGGACAUGCUGAAAUUCCUGGAGAAAUGUCUGCAGGAGAAGAAGCUCUACCACUUCUUCAUUGGCAAUGGGAAGGUACCAGCUGAGCUGGGCUUCCCCAUCAUAUUCCAGAGGGCUGAGCCCCUCAACCUUUUCCGUCCCUUUGUUCUACACAGGGAUGUUUACAGAAAGACAGUUGACACAUUCCAUGAGAUGCUCAGGAACACAUCUGCACUGAUAAGUGAGUACAUGGUGCACAUUCCCCAUGUCCACACCAAUGGGAUCCAAAAGGAAUCUGUUUAACCAAAGCCAGCAGGAAAACACUUGUUCCUCUAAGCACAAAUCCAGAGUGCAGCUUUCCAAAGCCUUAUGGAAACAACUGACUUUGCCAUUGCAGUUUGUUGUCUGCAGCUGAACCAUGUCUAUGUCAUGGUUUCUGCAAUAAGGAAGAAGGGAUGGGGGCAGAACAGAGAGAAACUGGAAGAGAUGCUAUAAAAGUAAGUUUCUGCUCCACAAUUGGGCUGGCAGGGUUUUAUGCAGCUAAGAAUAUAUUUUUCUACUGUGCCUCAGCCAUGCUACAGUGGUGAUGAGCAAUGAACAUGGCUAAUUUAUUCUGGUGCCUUCAAAGCGGUGGCGGUCUGCUUGCAGACAGGACAGUGGGAGCUGUGAGACCUAUGGGAGGUGCAACAUGAGCCUCGGCUGGGAAGGAGAGUCACUACUCAGGUCACGCACAGUUCUAGACUGGAUGGAGAUCUUAAGCCCAGCACAGCUCUUUAAUUGAAAGGGAUCAGUGGGUUUAAAAAGUGCAUUUUGAUAGGACUUGCAGCACUAAUUUAAACAGUCCUGUCCAUCAAAAACACUCCUGUGCUCCAGAUAUUUUUUCCCUUGGAGGAAUAUAACGGAGCAGUCCGCAGGAUCAGUGUCUUGAGACCAUUUCAUUUUCCAUUUUCUUCAAAGUAGCACAAUGAGUGGAUUUUAUUCUUGGCUGUUUUCCAUGGAUGAAUGGCCAGGAGCCUUAUUUACGUCAUUUAAGAGAGAAAUGCUGUUACUGGUUCUGGCUUUUGGUUUAUUUGUUUGCUUUCCUUAUCUCCAAGCAGCAAGUCUGAAAACUAGCAAAGAGAAAUGAUUGCUGCAGGGUUUGCUUUUACUAAAGAGGAAACUCCUCAAAAUUAUUCUGUAAUAAGCCCGAUCUCAGGAGUCUGAUACCAGGAGGAAACUCACUAUCCAAAUGAGAGAGCUCUCAGCGUGGUUUUAGUGAGGCCAGGACAGCAAGAUGGCUCUGAAUUAGGAGGAGAGUUGCAGGAGGUGUACAUGAGGCAGUGUGGCACUGCUCUCUGCAGCUCUCUUGUGGUGUGUCAUUCCUUUCUGCUGCCAGGUACCCAAGUAAAAGCUGCCUGUUUUUUGACUCAUUAUCAGGUCUCCUCAGUCCAUCUCAAGGCUGCUACUUUGAUGAUGUUUACUCUUGGGAACCACAGGUAGCAAACUAUAAAUUUUUGUAUCCUCUCUCCUUUUUUCCUUGUACAAACCAUUUCUCCACUUCCUUCAUGUCUGCUUAUGUCUGUACCCCCACCACUGAGGGACAUUUUCUACACUAAAGCAAAGCAAACUGCAACACUCAUUUCCAGAGGCCUGCAGGGAGGUCGUGCUCAAGUAGUUGUGGUCUGAGUUACUUCUAAAAUUGUCCUUAGCCAAGUGAGAGAGAAAUGAGUAUUUCUAUGUCGUUUCCUGUCAGGCAUCUAAAUUUAGCCUAUCCAAAGAACAGAAACAAAUUUGUGACCCAGGUCUCUGAGGAAAUGACACACAGGGUUGGAAAAUAACUUUUAUGUAAGGUUGAGCAAGGGAAGGUUGAGUAGAAAAGUCUAUUUAACGGGAUAAUCAAACUUCUCUCUUGAAAUGGAGGAACAAGGCUGUGUAACACCAGCCCUACAAGCAUGUAAACAGGCCAAAUCUUGCCUUUGCACACCUCAGAGCACUGCUGCUUAGACUCAAAAGGAACCUAAACUGAUAGGUGCACUGAAUCUUUUGUCCUUCAUUUUCUGCAUGUGUGUGCACGUUUGCUUUUAAACUCAGACUCACCCUGAAGUGUUCCCAUGGGGUUGCUUGAAUCCAGGCUGGAGCUGAGCCAAGGUAUUUAUGGAUCUGACUCCCUUGGAAGCAAAUUCCUGGGCACAAUUUGCCUACGCGUAUGCAAUAUACUCAUUUUGCCCCAAGCAUCUUUUACGAGACUUGGUCUGCGCGUUCAGGCUACAAGGAAAUGAGCUGUGCUACAAUAAGUCUCAGGGCAGAGGUCUUUGCCAGCUAUAUAUUAAUAUAUAUACUAAAGUUAGAUACUUGUUCCAUUUGGAGAGAUGUGGGCAAACAGUAUUUCUCUUGAGCAGACCUUUGUAGUGCUACACUGUGAAAAACAUAAUUUCCUGGACUGCCUCGUUUCUCUGUAUUAAAUCUUUCGCACGCCAGGUACAAGGCUUCUCAGUAAAAGGCCAAACUCAGAUUUCAUUAAAGAGAUUUAUUAUGAGACAGUUCGGGUCCAUCAGCUGUCAGCCAGUUAAGUGUCCUAAGAUCUUUUAGUGCCACCCACAUUUAGUGCUGCCUUGACUGACAUCUUGCUGGGCAUCCAUAGGAAGCAGCUUUAAAGGGAGAGGGUGGAGGUGAUGUUUUGUGAUUUUAAGUGAGUAAUGUUCUUUUAAAACAGUGUAAAGCACAAGUAACGAAUGCACAUCACUAGUAAUAGCCUGAUCUCCAUGAGAGAUCCUAAGGAAGAAUAAACAGACCUCUUUCUUGCAUCUCAGUGCUGUUCUUGCUAUUUGCUGACCAGAAAAAUUACGCAACUGAAUUCCUGCUGCCUCUUCUGGUUUCCAGCCACUCCCUCCACCCUCAACUUGUGGUUUUAAUACUUUAUUAUAGGUUCUGUCAAAGCAAUGGAAUUAGUAGUGCCUUGAUAACAACCACUGAUGUACAACAUAGCCUCAGGAGCCGUUCACCUUUAGGAAAUGUCUUGGUCUUAGUUAUUGUUGCUGUUCAGGAGGCCAGUGUCCUCUAAGGGGAGCUGUUAGUUCACUCUUUAUUACGUGCCAACCACAGAAUAUGACUUCAUCCCUCUCUAGUUUGCUCUGCAUACAGGUCUUACAGGCCUAUAAAGAUGGAUUUCAGCAAAGGAAACCAAAACUUAUUUGUUAUUCAAGUAAAAGGAUUUGGUGUUUGUUCACCAUAUGUUUUUAAUGCAAAGCCUUUGCAAUGUUUUCUCAGUGGUGAAGAAAUGAGAAUUUACUCACUUCUAACAGCUUAGCUGCUGGUCACUGAGUUCUUCUCAUAGGAUCCUAUAUGAUAAAUGGCUUUAUUUAUUAACUGUCUUUUUUGUAGGAUUUUUCUUCCUGGGUGUAGUUCAGAAAUACAAUUGUAGUAUGAAUAGCCAUCUUGGCAAUGCAGAUGAGGUGGGUAAUAAUAUCAUAACUUUCCACCUGAAUUCUUCCUUGAUUCGUGAUGCUGUAUUCAAACCGCUGCUUUUAUAGCAGGACACUGUUAAAUUUGUAUAGAUCUUCUCUUGCAGCUUUAUUUAUAAUAAAGGAAUUCUUGUACA